AUCCUAAGCAACCUCAUCACAACAGGUAAAUGGCAUUUAAUAGACACUCUAGACAUACAAUCCAAUCCCAAUGUAAAGGUUUUGGACUUGAAAGCAUGUGAGAAAAUUAAAACAGAACUUACACUAAACGAGCAUGAUGGAAUUAUAUUACGAGGUUCGCUAAUUGUGCUUCCAGAAAGCCUUAGACUAAAGGCUGUUCAAAUUGCUCAUGAAGGCCACCAAGGGCUAGUAAAAACUAAACAGUUGUUGCGAGAAAAGGUUUGGUAUCCAGGUAUAGACAAGCUUGCUAAGCACACAGUGGAUACUUGUUUGUUAUGUCAGGCAAAUGGACCAAACAGUCACCAAGAACCACUGCGAAUGACGACGCUGCCUCCCCAACCCUGGCAUACAGUGAACAUUGAUUUUUGUGGACCAUUUCUAGGUGGUUCAUAUCUGUUAGUGAUUAUUGAUGCAUAUUCACGAUUUCCAGAGGUGGAAAUUGUAAGUUCAACAUCUGCAAAAUCAACAAUAUUGAAACUUGAACGAAUUUUUGCCACACAUGGUAUUCCAAAGGUGUUAAAGAGUGAUAACGGUCCACCAUUCCAGAGCCAUGAAUUUAGUCGGUACUUGAAAGAACUCGGCAUUAAACAUAAACCAAGCUCACCAUUAUGGCCCCAAGGAAAUGGACAAGCCGAGAACUUUAUGAAACCACUUGUAAAGGCUGUGAAAUCUGCCCAUCAUGAAAACAAAGAUUGGAAACGUGAAAUGUUUAAAUUUUUGCUCAACUACAGAGCUACCCCACAUUCCACCACUGGCAAGUCACCGUCCGAGUUGCUAUACAACCGUAAGAUUCAAACAAAAUUACCUCAAGUGACAGUCGAAAAUGAUUCUUCACUUCAUCAAGAGGUGAAAGAGAGAGAUGAAAGGUUGAAAAAGAACCAAAAAGAAUAUGCUGAUUCCAAAAGAAGAGUUAAGUGUGCUGACAUCAAGAAAAGUGAUUUAGUUUUGGUGCGGCAACCGAAAGCAAAUAAAAUGUCCACAAAAUACGAUCCAAUACCAUAUGAAGUCACAAAUCGCCGUGGGAACAGAAUCACAGCAAUUAGGAAUGGGAAAUAUAUAACUCGGAACAUUUCGUUCUUUAAAAAGUAUCACCCCAGACAUGGCAGAUCGUUGGAGUCAACAGAGAUAAUGGAUGAAGAAAAUUAUUCCUCAGAUGAAGAUGUCCACGAAGAGCAUGAACAGUAUGAUGGACUGAGACAGAAUGAUCGUCCGCGGCAGAACAAUGGUCAGAGACAAGAUGAUGGUCCGAGAUAUCCGGCAAGAGAAAGACAGCGGGUGUACAGACAUGGAAAUAACAUUUAUGAUUGA